GGGCGUACGGCGGCGACUAGCCAGAGGAGGAAGAACAUGGCGGGCGCAGCGGGGCCCGGGGCCGGUCCAGGGGCAGCGGGCGGAGAUGGAGACGAUUCGCUCUACCCGAUCGCGGUUUUAAUCGACGAGCUCCGCAAUGAGGACGUGCAGCUCCGUCUCAACAGUAUUAAGAAGUUAUCGACUAUUGCUCUAGCACUCGGGGUGGAAAGGACUCGAACUGAACUGCUGCCUUUCCUUACAGAUACAAUUUAUGAUGAAGAUGAGGUGCUGUUAGCUCUUGCCGAGCAGCUGGGAAAUUUCACCGGUUUGGUGGGAGGUCCUGACUUUGCCCACUGUCUGCUGCCUCCUUUGGAAAGCUUGGCUACUGUGGAGGAGACUGUCGUUCGAGACAAGGCUGUGGAGUCCCUGAGGCAGAUCUCUCAGGAGCACACUCCCGUUGCGCUCGAAGCUCAUUUUGUACCUCUGGUGAAACGCCUGGCAAGUGGGGAUUGGUUCACCUCUCGUACAUCUGCAUGUGGUUUGUUCAGCGUUUGCUAUCCCAGAGCUUCCAAUGCUGUCAAGGCAGAAAUUCGACAGCACUUCCGUUCCCUGUGCUCAGAUGACACACCAAUGGUGCGACGUGCUGCUGCUUCCAAAUUGGGUGAAUUUGCCAAAGUUUUGGAGUUAGACAGUGUGAAAACUGAAAUUGUUCCAUUGUUCACGAAUCUAGCUUCAGAUGAACAGGAUUCUGUACGCCUGCUAGCUGUGGAAGCUUGUGUCAGUAUUGCCCAGUUACUGUCUCAGGAUGACCUUGAGGCCUUGGUCAUGCCUACACUCCGGCAAGCAGCAGAAGAUAAAUCUUGGCGGGUUCGCUAUAUGGUGGCUGACAAGUUUUCAGAGCUCCAGAAAGCGGUGGGCCCUAAAAUCACGCUCAAUGACCUCAUCCCCGCCUUCCAGAGCCUCCUUAAAGACUGUGAAGCUGAGGUCCGAGCGGCCGCUGCCCACAAAGUGAAAGAACUUUGUGAAAACCUGCCCACCGAAGGAAGAGAGACCAUAAUUAUGAAUCAAAUCCUGCCCUAUAUAAAGGAAUUAGUGUCUGAUACCAAUCAACAUGUCAAGUCAGCUCUAGCUUCUGUAAUUAUGGGAUUAUCUACAAUUUUGGGCAAAGAGAACACCAUUGAACAUCUUCUGCCUCUUUUUUUAGCUCAAUUAAAGGAUGAGUGUCCUGAAGUUCGUUUGAAUAUCAUCUCCAAUCUGGAUUGUGUAAAUGAAGUGGUUGGAAUUCGCCAGCUCUCGCAGUCUCUCCUUCCGGCCAUAGUGGAGCUGGCAGGAGAUGCCAAGUGGAGGGUCCGCCUGGCUAUCAUCGAGUAUAUGCCGCUGCUGGCGGGCCAGCUGGGUGUGGAGUUUUUUGAUGAAAAGCUGAAUUCUUUGUGUAUGGCCUGGCUUGUGGAUCAUGUCUAUGCCAUUCGGGAAGCUGCCACCAACAACCUCAUGAAGUUAGUCCAGAAGUUUGGUACAGAGUGGGCCCAGAAUACCAUCGUCCCUAAAGUGUUAGUGAUGGCGAAUGAUCCUAAUUACUUGCACAGAAUGACCACUUUAUUCUGCAUUAAUGCACUGUCUGAAGCCUGUGGUCAGGAAAUAACCACUAAGCAAAUGUUGCCCAUCGUGUUGAAAAUGGCAGGGGACCAGGUAGCAAAUGUCCGUUUCAAUGUGGCCAAGUCACUGCAGAAAAUUGGACCGAUCCUAGACACCAAUGCCUUGCAGGGGGAAGUGAAACCAGUGCUGCAGAAGUUAGGUCAGGAUGAAGACAUGGAUGUCAAGUAUUUCGCACAGGAAGCUAUAAGUGUUCUUGCCUUGGCAUAAAGAGGAACAGGAGGGAAAAGCCUUUACUAAGUUCUUAUCACAGAUCUCUAGUCCAUGUGUUCUUACACUGGGUGGAGAAAAAUGGAACCCUUCAAGAUCUCAUCCAAGCAAAUGGCACCAGCUUAGAAGAAAUCAGAUUUCAGUGACUUGAUCCUUUCUAAAUAUGAACUGAGACUGAUUUUAUUUCUCUGUCGGGAUAACUUUAACGCUCUCUUAGUGACCAGUCGCUGAUACUCCCUCGCUCAGUCACCCCUUGAGUGUCCCAGUGUUUUUUCCAGCACCAUCGAGGCUCCUGCCUCCUCCCUUUUGAAUCAGGCCCCAGCCACUUAAGAUUCCAGACAGCCUGGAUGGAUUUGGACCCCGACACAGAGUGGAGUGAUUCUCUUACUGUUUACACUUGUCUCUAUGCCUCUAGCAUUCCAAUGUUAAAAGUAAAUGGUUUAGAAUAACUUAUUAUAAUUAUCCACUUGGGAGACAACACUGACAUUUGACUGUAGUCAAAUCCACAUCUUUCUGGUUACAAUGGUCCAUAUCAGUGUUUCACAUGAAAGGAGACAUGGAAGGUUAAUGUAUUGGUUGUUCUGGUUUUCAUUUGCUCAGUUUUGACUGUAAUCAUGUCAUGCAGAAGCCUGAAGUGGGUGUAUCUUGCUGCUAAUGUGUGAUGUUGAAAGGUAUCAAUUUCAACGGCUCAGCACUGUGACUGCCUUCAAAAACUCAUAAGAAACUUUAGUGCCUCCUACUAAGCUAUGGUUCUACUGUUUCAUUGUGAAGUUUUGUGUUUCCAGUAAGUGUAGGAACCACUGGUCCUGGUUCUGCUUCCAGCAACGUUAGCAUCUUGCCGUUGCUAUGCUGCACAGUACCAAACUGAAGUCGUGCUGCUCAGUGUUUGCUUGUAUCACUGAGGCUGGAACAUUUUUAUACUUUUGCACUAAAACUUCAUUAAUUUGUCCUGAAAUUUAAGGUAGUAGGUAGAGCUGAAGGGUUUGCAGAAGCAAACUGUUUAUGGAAGGCUGCUUGACACUUUUUAGAAGCACCUGCUCAUCAGUGGGCAUGCUGAUUACCAAUGACCCUGGUCAGUUAUAACACACUCCUUCCGUGAGCAGCUCUGACAGGUCACACCUUUUCUGAUGACUCUUCUGGAUAAUGUAAAUGUUUUUCAUCUAACAGACUCCUUGUCUCCAGUGGACUCAGUUAAUGAGGUUUUCCUGCAGCCUGGUUUUUCUCAGUGCAUCUCAUGUAGUUUGGUGUUUCCAUUUUGGUUUCUGAAUUGUUGAUUUUACUUACAAACUCUUUUAGAUAUAACAAGCCCUGUUCUGUUUUGUGAAGGCCCAAAGAUACCUACAAAACUUUGUACAUUAAACAUAAGUUACAUAAAACCAAGUUUGUGUAAAUGCUUUUAUCAUACCUUAGAAAAACAGAACAGAAAAUUUCUAUCAGAGAUCGUGUGCCUGUAUUUUAAACUGCCGGAUUACUUUGUAGUAAGUUUCCAUUUUAUGUGUUCUAGGGCGAAGGUUUGAAUAUUUUCCUAGGUAAAAAGAUUCUCAUUUUAGUGCCUUAAAUGACUGUGCUGUAAACAUUAUAGUUUAAUUUUUUUUGAUGUCAUCUGCUGGCUGUAUUCCUCUUUAUUGAGUUUUAAAUUUGAGAGAUUAUUGUCUUGAUUUUGGAAACAGUUGUGCAUUGGGACAGUUGCUUCAUCUUUGGUUGGAAAUGCCACAUGCUGCAGUCAUUUGAGAAUGAACUUGUAAAGCAUCCCUGUCCUGCUACCCCACCCCGCCUGUGCCUUUACCUUUCUGCCAAAGACUACUGAAGGGAGACAGUGGACCCUUGACUUCUCAAAUAAAGGUCACUUAGCAUGCA